CCUAGUUUUUCAGCCAAUCAAAGAAUUCACAAGAAUCACUCAUCUUCUAUAAAUAUACUACUACACUUUAUACUGUUUCUCUUCUAUCAAUCUUUUCUCACCAGAAGAAAAUGGGAAGAGAGUCAGAAUUAAGAAGAAGAAUAUGUUCACGCACAAAAGAAGACUUCCUUCCAGAGGAGUCAUUCAAGAGCUGGGAGAACUACGUGAAGGCGCUGAAGCAAACCCCGAGUAGAUUGAUGGACAGGGUGCUGACACGGUCCAAAGACGAAGCGGAGGUGGAAGUAAAGUCAAGGAGCCAACAUGAGAUGAAGAAGACACUUUCGUGGUGGGACUUGAUAUGGUUUGGAAUGGGUGCAGUGAUUGGUGCUGGGAUUUUUGUGCUAACUGGUCUUGAAGCAAGUCAAGAUGCAGGCCCUGCUGUUGUUCUCUCAUAUGUCGUUUCUGGCGUCUCUGCUUUGCUCUCUGUUUUCUGCUAUACUGAGUUUGCUGUUGAGAUUCCUGUCGCAGGUGGUUCAUUUGCUUACUUGAGGGUGGAGCUUGGUGACUUUGUGGCCUUCAUUGCUGCUGGUAAUAUACUCCUAGAAUAUGUCAUAGGUGGUGCUGCAGUUGCUCGUUCUUGGACUUCUUACUUUGCAACUUUACUAAACUACCAGCCUGACAAAUUCCUUAUCAAGGUGAACACUUUAGCAGAUGGCUACAACCAACUUGAUCCUCUUGCUGUUGGGGUUUGCAUUAUCAUCUGUUUCAUUGCAAUUCUUAGCACAAAGGGUUCUUCUCGUCUCAAUUAUGUCGCCUCAAUCAUUCACAUCAUCGUGAUCUUUUUCAUCAUCAUCUGUGGCCUUAUCAAGUCAGAUACUAAGAACUAUACACCCUUUACGCCAUUUGGUGCACGCGGUAUCUUCAAAGCCUCUGCAGUUCUAUUCUUUGCUUAUGUUGGCUUUGAUGCAGUUUCUACCAUGGCUGAGGAAACUAAGGAUCCCGGUAGAGACAUCCCCAUUGGCUUAGUUGGUUCUAUGGUGAUCACCACAACUUUGUACUGUUUAUUGGCCAUUACUCUGUGCCUUAUGCAGCCUUAUCAAAACAUUGAUCCUCAUGCUCCAUUUUCUGUGGCAUUUAAAAAUGUGGGGUGGAGUUGGGCGCAAUACAUAGUGGCUGCGGGGGCGUUGAAAGGAAUGACAUCAGUGUUGUUAGUUAGUGCUGUUGGUCAAGCUCGUUACUUAACUCACAUUGCCAGAACUCAUAUGAUGCCACCUUGGUUUUCAUAUGUAGAUGGCAAGACUGGAACACCAGUUAAUGCAACAGCAGUUAUGACAGCUGCAACUGCUAUCAUUGCCUUCUUUACAAAACUUGACAUUUUAUCUAAUCUUCUCUCAAUUUCCACCCUCUUCAUCUUCAUGCUUGUGGCACUAGCUCUGCUUGUUCGUCGUUACUAUGUGAGUGGAGUGACCACAAAUGCAAACCGUAACAAGCUCAUUGCUUGUCUACUGGUCAUCCUCGCUUCAUCAGCCGCAACAGCUGCUUAUUGGGGACUAAGUGACAAGGGAUGGAUUGUCUACUGUAUUACUGUGCCAAUAUGGUUCUUGGCAACACUGGGGAUUUGGCUUUUCGUUCCUCAAGCACAUGAUCCAAAGCUUUGGGGUGUACCUUUGGUUCCAUGGCUACCUUCAGCCUCAAUUGCUAUUAACAUAUUCCUUCUAGGGUCAAUUGACAAGUAUUCAUUCAUUAGGUUUGCUGCAUGGACUGGUUUUCUUUUGGUGUAUUACAUCUUUUUUGGACUCCAUGCUUCCUAUGACACUGCAAAGGAGUUUGAAAAGAGCAAAGAGUGGAAGAAUCUUGAAGAUGGAAAUGGGACAUUGCCUACAAGCAAAAAUGCUCCUACUAAAUCUGACAAUAAUUGAUAAUGCUAUUUUUCAUGUUUUACAGUUGUGUGUCUCCCCCUUCCCCACCCCUAUUCCUAAGGUGAUGCGACUAGUCCUUUGUACAGAAACUUAAAUGGCAAUUAUUC